GUUCCCUCCGAAACCGCAGACAUCCAGAUGGCAGAUGCGCCGUCGGACCAGCCGGCAGCUGACCACUCCUCAGCAGCAGCAGCGCCGCCAUCUCUGCCGGGAACGUAUUCGACGACGCCAGUGCCGAUCCCUACAAUCCCACCACCGCCUACAGCUGCAGCUCCCAUACCCGACCAACAGCAACAACAACAACAGCAGCAGCAACGAGGGUCAAGCACCUCUAGAGCAGCAUCGGCGCAUCCCGAACCCGCCGCCGGCCCUGCCCCAGGCUUCACCAUGCCCUCGGAGGCGGCACCGCACGGGGCGCCGGUGCGGCAGUACAUCAACACAAAGAUUACCGGGGUGCUGCUGGAAGGGAUGAAGCUUGUGGCUCGGGAGCAGCCCAAGGAUCCGUUGCGAGUCUUGGGGGAGUUUUUACUUCAGCGGUCAAGGGAAUUGGAGGGUGGACAAGCCGGGGGAGGAUCGAAUUCGAAUUCUGCUGCGCCGUAGGAAGAUACAUAAUACGUUUGCGGGUGUCUGGUUGUACUCCUGGUUGACCAAUUUGGGUCCAUUAGAAGAACAGGAAAGUUCUCGGGAAGGUGAGGUUACAUUGGUAGGGGAAGCUAUUUCUGGGGUGGAACGGAGUUCA